CCCCACCAAAACCUUUCAUUAUAAAACAGAGUCCGCACGCCCGCAAAUGGCGACACGCCUCGCCUCCUUCUUCUCAAUCUCACCAGCAUAUUGCCCCACCUCCGCCCCCGCCCACCUCCUCCUCCGCGCCCUUCCCCACGUCCGCCGCCGCCGCGCCCUCGCCUCGCCGCCCCGCAUGUCCACCUCAUCCGCCAACCCUGCGCCGCCCGCCGCCGCCGGCGGUGGCGGUGAGAAGCCCGCGGCGGCGCCGUACGGGUCCUGGAGGUCGCCCAUCACCGCGGACGUCGUCUCCGGCGCCGAAAGGCGCCUCGGCGGGAUGGCCCUCGCUGGGGACGGUCGCCUCCUCUGGAUCGAGGGCCGCCCCGAGGAGAAAGGGCGUAUGGUUAUUGUGAAGGAGGAUGAUAAGCCUAUGGAUGUCAUACCUCAGGAAUUUGCAGCACGCACCCUGGCACAAGAAUAUGGAGGUGGCGCAUUUGCGGUUAAUAAGAAUGUUGUUGUGUUCUCGAAUUACAAGGAUCAACGUCUAUACAAGCAAGCAAUUGGAAUUGGAAGUCAGCCUGUUCCUCUUACACCUGAUUAUGGUGCGCCCAACAUCAGUUAUGCUGAUGGUGUAUUUGAUCCUCACUUCAGCCGUUAUGUUACUGUGAUGGAAGACUGUCGAAAGAGUAGCUUGAAUCCCACAACAACAAUUGCUGCUAUAACCUUGAGCGGUGAGGAUGUUCAUGAACCAAAGGUGCUGAUCAGUGGCAAUGAUUUCUAUGCUUCUCCUCGCAUUGAUCGAAACAAAAGACAGAUGGCAUGGAUUGAGUGGAGUCAUCCAAACAUGCCCUGGGAUAAAUCAGAACUUUGGGUUGGCCACUUUUCAGAAACUGGAGAUGUGGCCAAACGGGUUUGUGUUGCUGGUGGCAACCCAUUGCUAGUGGAAUCUCCUACUGAGCCUAAAUGGUCUCCGAAAGGCGAACUGUUUUUUGUAACUGACAGAGGGAGUGGAUUUUGGAACAUUCACAAAUGGGUUGAACAAACCAAUGAGAUUGUUCCAGUGUAUGCCCUAGAUGCUGAAUUUACAAGACCAUUGUGGGUUUUUGGCAUCAGCUCUUACGAUUUUUAUGGAAACAGCAAUCACAUCAUUUUCAGUUACAGGCAGCAGGGAAGGUCAUAUCUUGGUGUGCUUGAUUGUGAUUCAGGUUCCGUUUCAUUGCUUGACAUACCUUUCUCCGAUUUAUCUAAUGUGGUCACUACAGAUGAUUACUUCUACAUCGAAGGUGCUUCUGCAAGUAUUCCACUAUCAAUUGCAAAGGUGACAUUAAAUGAGAGCAAAACAGAAGUAAUUGAUUUCUCAAUAGUCUGGUCCUCCUCGACAGAUGUCGUACAAUAUAAACCUUUCUUCAGCACACCGGAAUUUAUUGAGUUCCCUACAUCCAAGCCUGGCCAGAAAGCUUAUGCUUAUUUCUACCCACCUUCAAAUCCCAAUUUUCAAGGUUUGCCAGAUGAAAAACCUCCGUUGCUUGUCAAAACACAUGGAGGACCUACAGCUGAAACACGUGCAAUUCUGGACCUCAGUGUCCAAUAUUGGACAAGUAGAGGGUGGGCAUAUGUUGAUGUUAACUAUGGAGGAAGCACUGGUUAUGGAAGAGAGUAUCGGGAGAGGCUAUUGGAGAAAUGGGGUGUUGUUGAUGUUGAUGAUUGCUGCAGCUGUGCAAGAUUCCUGGUGGAGAGUGGGAAAGUAGAUGGACAACGACUUUGUAUUACUGGUAGAUCAGCAGGUGGAUACACUACUUUAGCUUCACUUGCAUUCAGAGACACAUUCAAGGCUGGAGCUUCUUUGUAUGGUAUUGGUGACUUGACUUUGAUGAGAGCGGAGACACACAAAUUUGAGUCCUAUUAUAUCGACAAUCUUGUAGGAAAUGAAAGAGCUUACUAUGAGAGAUCACCAAUCAACUUUGUUGAUCAGUUUACAUGUCCGGUGAUUUUGUUUCAAGGGUUGGAGGAUAAGGUCGUGCCACCAAAUCAGGCACGCAAAAUAUACAAGGCCUUAAAAGAGAAAGGUUUGCCUGUUGCUUUGGUGGAAUACGAAGGGGAGCAGCACGGAUUCCGCGAGGUAGUAUUACCACUACUUAUCGGUCUACACCUUAAAUCCUGUUAUUUUUUCAUGGUUGUCAUGGAUUGUUACUUCUUUCACAAUUUUGAACAGGCCAAGAACAUCAAGUUCACCUUGGAGCAGCAGAUGGUGUUCUUUGCCCGAUUAGUUGGGAAAUUUGAGGUGGCGGACGAUAUAACUCCAAUCAAGAUUGAAAACUUCGAUUGAUCUCUUCAAGAAGCAAGUAUAGCAGCAGUUUACAUUUUGUGGAGCAUAACCUUUUGUUGGUGGUGUCUGGUUUGACGUUUUGCCGAUGUAUUCUGAAUACUAUAGCAUCUUGGCCUGGGAUUCUCGUCUUCCCGCAGCCUGCUUGUGUACUAUACGCCUGUGCUAUACGCCUGUACCCUCAUCUUCGUUCUUCGGAGCGAAAACCUUCACUGUGUACUGCAGUGUAUAGUCUGUUUGACCAAGAUUAAUGUUAUAGAGUUGUAGCCUAGGCGCUUCAUGAAGCUGAAA